CUAGCCAACAAGCUGAGGGGUACUGCGCAAUGUCGACAGCUUCCAUCAACAGCUGGACUCUUUCAUCUACUUCCUCGGCCCAAUCUUCUCUCAAAAAAGCUACACUACGUCCUUCUGUUUUCGCUAGGCUUAGCUCUUCUUCUCCUUCUCCCCCUCCUCUCAUCCAGAACAAGCCUGUUUUCGCUGCCCCUGCUCCUAUCAUCACCCCUACUUGGCCGAGAGAAGACAUGGGGAAGGACUCUUACGAGGAAGCUAUUGAGGGUCUGAAGAAACUCCUCAGUGAGAAGGGGGAAUUGAAAGCUGUAGCGGCUGCAAAAGUGGAGCAGAUUACCGCAGAGUUACAGACCCCAACUUCUGAUGGCAAACCUUUUAACCCAAUUGAGAAGAUCAAAAGCGGUUACAUCCACUUCAAGAACGAGAAAUUCGACAAGAACCCGGAUUUGUAUGGAGAACUUGCUAAAGGCCAAAGCCCCAAGUUUAUGGUGUUUGCAUGCUCCGACUCCCGGGUCUGCCCAUCACAUGUGCUGCAUUUCCAACCAGGAGAGGCUUUUGUGGUCCGAAAUGUUGCCAACUUGGUUCCACCAUUUGAUAAGACUAGAUACUCAGGAGUUGGGGCUGCCGUUGAAUACGCGGUUUUGCAUCUCAAGGUGGAAAACAUUGUGGUGAUUGGACACAGUGCUUGUGGAGGAAUUAAGGGGCUUCUGUCUUUUCCAGACGAAGGACCCCCCUCUACUGACUUCAUAGAAGAUUGGGUAAGAAUCGCUUUGCCUGCCAAGUCCAAGGUGAAAGCAGAAUUUGGGGAUGCACCUCUCCCAGAACUCUGUGGACAUUGUGAAAAGGAGGCAGUAAAUGUAUCCCUUGGAAACCUUCUAACCUACCCAUUUGUGAGGGAUGGUUUGGUGAAGAAAACACUAGCAUUGAAGGGUGGCUAUUAUGACUUUGUUAAAGGAAGCUUUGAGCUGUGGGGGCUAGAGUUUGGUCUUUCUCCCUCUCUAUCCGUAAAGGAUGUGGCCACGAUACUGCAUUGGAAGCUCUAGGACACGCUUUAGAGGCCAUUCUUCCUGCAAAGAUGAGGCUCUUCUGCAUAUAUAUUAUAGAAUAACUUGAACUGGGUUAUGUAGAACAACGCCUCUUUUAUUUAGUACUUGAGUGUCCUCAGACUGAAUUUCAAUUUUCCUCCCAAUUUCCUUUGACA